AGCUAAUUAUAAGGAGACGAGACUGGACAUUAUUGGACGAGCCCUUGCAGGAAGCAACGUCAUUUUUGUCUUCAAUUAGCAAAUUACCUGCCCAAAGUGAAGGGCUCGUGCAGGUGAGGCGUGGAGGUAAAUGGCGGCUCUCGACGUGGAUGGCACGUUUCACCAUAACAACAAUAUAGAACUGGUCUUUUAUUUAAAUGAAGUUGCACUUACCAGUUAUUAUUGAUAAUCUACGAUGUCAGAAAAAACGCCUUUAUUACACUACCGACUGACCACUAGCGGCGAGCCGUCUAAUGGAUCUAAACGCACCGGGGUCGGAGGAGGGGUACACCCCGGACGAUCCAAGGAUAGGGCGCCUCAGAAGCUCGGGGUGCUGUUUGGAGUCGUCAUUCCAACUUUACUGUCCAUGUUCAGCGUUGUUGUGUUCUUGCGGAUUGGAUUUGUUGUGGGCCAAGCAGGGCUGUACCAUUCUAUUGCCAUGUUCCUGGUGGCCUACUUCAUCAUCACAAUGACGGUGCUCUCCAUCUGUGCAAUCUCCACCAAUGGGGCCCUAGAUGCUGGAGGUGCCUACUACAUGAUCAGCCGAGCCCUGGGUCCAGAGUUUGGUGGCAGCAUUGGGAUCAUGUUUUUCUUUGCCAACAUUUGCAGUAGUGCUCUCUACAUUUUGGGUUUGGUCGAGGCUAUUACAUCUACCUUCGGGGUCCCAGAAGAGGGUGCUGCAGCUGCUGCAGGUCACCAUCACAUGCUGCCGUCAGGAUACUGGUGGUCUCUGCUUUAUGGCACUGCCCUGCUUUUCCUGUGUUUCAUUGUGUGUCUGGUGGGAGCCCACAUCUAUGCAAAAGCCACCUUCAUUAUCUUCAUCGUAGUCAUGGCGGUCCUGGCUUCGAUCUUCAUUAGUUUCUUCAUUGUGGGGCCCACCGUGGUGAUUCUGUCACAUACGUCUGCAGUGAACACCACCAGCAUGAGCACUGCCAAUUAUACAGGCUUCCGGCUGCACACGCUGGAGGGAAACCUGUUCUCCGCCUACACGGUGGACUACACCACUGGUGCCAUGAUGAGUUUUACCAGAGUGUUUGCGGUCAUGUUCAACGGCUGCACUGGAAUCAUGGCAGGGUCCAACAUGUCAGGUGAUCUGAAAAACCCUGGUUAUUCCAUCCCGAGAGGAACUCUUGCCGCUGUUCUUACAACUUUUAUCACAUAUAAUGUGCUGAGUCUGCUGGCGGCAUGGUCCUGUGACCGUUAUCUUCUCCAAAGAGACUACAGCUUCCUGGGGGACAUUAAUAUAUUGCCACCCAUGGUCACAGUUGGCAUUUACUCCUCGGCCCUGUCUGCAGCAAUGAGUAACCUUAUUGGAGCCUCCAGGGUGCUGUACGCCCUGUCCAAAGACGACCUGUUUGGCGGUGUUCUGGCUCUGGCAAGGAAAACCUCUCAAAGUGGAAACCCCUGGGUCUCAGUGCUUGUCUCUUGGUUGCUUGUGCAGAUGGUGCUAUUUGCAGGUAAAUUGAACACCAUUGCUGGUAUUGUAACCAUCUUCUUCUUGUUGGUGUAUGCUGCUGUGAACCUGGCCUGUUUGGCUCUUGAAUGGGCUUCUGCACCAAACUUCAGACCCUCGUUCCGUUUCUUUACAUGGCACACCUGCACUCUGGGCAUCCUCGGCUGCCUGGUUAUGAUAUUUUUGAUCAAUGCAAUUUAUGCAUUUGCCAGCAUAGCCUUUAUGCUGCUGCUCUUGAUGCUUAUCCACUACCUGGGGCCCAUCAGCAACUGGGGCUACAUCAGCCAGGCUCUCAUCUUCCACCAGGUGCGUAAGUACUUGUUGAUGUUGGAUGUGCGAAAGGACCAUGUUAAGUUCUGGAGGCCCCAGGUGCUUCUGAUGGUUGCAAACCCUCGCAGCUGUACAGGCCUCAUGGCUUUCGUUAAUGAUCUGAAGAAGAGCGGCCUCUAUGUCCUUGGACACAUAAAGCUGGGCUUGCUGGAUGAGCUGCCCUCUGAUCCUUUGCAGAGUCGAUAUGACUCCUGGCUCUGUUUAGUGGAUCAUUUGAAAAUCAAAGCGUUUGUCAACCUGACCCUGGCUGACUCCGUCCGACACGGCGUUCAGAAUUUGCUUUUCAUCUCAGGCUUUGGUGGAAUGAGGCCCAAUACCCUUGUCUUGGGUUUCUAUGAUGACUGCACUCCUCAUGACCACCUCCAAGGUCAUAUUCUCCUGUCUACAGGCCAUAGCUUUGAUACGGUCUGUCCAACCAAAGUUCCUGGAGAGCAACGCUCUCCCUUCUUUCCCAGUCUGCGGGGUGCUGAGGACCCCAAAGACCUGCAGGAAGAGGAAUACGUCUCUGUGAUUGCUGAUGCUGUAAAAAUGGGAAAGAAUGUGACUCUGGCUCGGUGUUUCGACCAGUUCAACCGGGACAGAGUCUUAGGGUCAGGAAGAAAGAUCAGAGGUGUGCCCGGGCCAUUCAUUGAUGUGUGGCCUAUGAAUCUUCUUCAGCCAGACAGCCAUGGUUAUGUUGGCAUCUGCUCAUUGUUUCUUCUCCAGCUGGCUUGCGUGCUUCAUGAUUCCCGUGCCUGGAACCAGGCGAGACUCCGACUCUUCUUGUGCAUGGAGGCUGGCUACAGUCUGCAAGAAAAGGAGGAAGCAAAGCUCCAGGGUAUGCUUAGGGAUCUAAGGAUCUCAGCUCAGGUGCAGAUGGUGGCUUGGGAUGAGGUGGUGGCGCUGCACUGGCAGAGGCAAAGAGAAAGGGCCGAACAGAAUGAGGAAGAUGAGAGAGAAGACUGUAACCAGAUAUAUCCCAAUAAUGCCUCUCAACUUACAGAUGAGUACAUCUGUGCCGUCAAUGAUAUGAUUUGCCGUCAUGGUGUCCCUCAGCCAGCUGUGCGUUUCUUGUAUUUGCCACACCCCCCAGCUGAUAGAAGCCGUUACCGUGCCUACCUGGAGCAGGUGGACCUGUUGAGUCGAAACCUUGGACCGACAUUGCUUGUUCAUGGAGUCACUCCUGUGGUUACGACUGACAUCUAGAAUUGUACUAACUCUUAGUCUUCAACUAGCAGAAUCUACUAUCGUUCAUGGACGGGGCUGUGCUUGUUGCCUCCCGAUUUAUUAACAUGUUAGAGUCGUCAACCACAGUAUCACAAACGAUGAAAACAGAGGCUAUCCCUUUGAAACUGAGAUUAGGCCAUAGUGGC